AUGGUCAGCCAGGUUUGUGAUCCAGCCGUGGAUAUAAUUAAUCGUGAUAAUAUAGGCCCGGAUGAACUAGGAUUCCAGGCUCCAAAUGACCCAAGGUACAUCGAGAAGGACCUGCAGGCUAUGAAGGUGGCUGGACAUACGCUGCCAUCUCUGGUCAAGAAUGCGUCUCUUCAGGGCAUCUUCAGACCUCGGCCGACAACUAGCUACCUUGUUCUCCAGCCCAACAAGAGCAGGACCUGCAGCUUUCAGAGCCUGAUUCUUCUCAGUGGCCACUUUGUCGGAGCUCCUAGGAUAGCCUUCUCCGUUGAUCAGCUUUGCCGGGGGAGGGGUGCAAGUUGGAUUGCAUUCCCUGCUCGGUACUCUGCCUGCACAUAUAUAUCAAUCCUUCCUGCAGGCUGUCCUGCUAUCGCCUCACUCUGA